AUGUCCUGGCUGACCUGGGCUUCCAUCCCAGUCCUGCUCUGCGGAAUAUGGCUUUACACUGCCCAGCUCAGCGGAUCCUUUCCGACCCUGCGAGGCAAGCGCAUAUGUCUUCUGAUCGCUCACCCGGACGAUGAAGCCAUGUUCUUUGCGCCUACACUACUGGCUCUCACCAGACCGGAGCUCGGAAACCAUCUCAAAAUCCUCUGCUUGAGCAGUGGGAAUGCAGAUGGUUUGGGGGAGACGAGGAAGAAGGAGCUCAUCAAGAGUGGCAUGAUGCUCGGUCUUCGCAAUGAGGACGAUGUCUUGGUCAUUGAGGAUUCUAAUUUUCCGGACUCCAUGACCGUAACCUGGAAUCCGCGCCUGCUGUCGAAUCUCUUGACUUCCGCAUUUGCCCCCAAGAUGGCUAGUGUUCCCUCAACAAGCGCGCCGCAGGCCACCAUCGACAUUCUGGUCACCUUCGACCUUGACGGCAUCUCCUCGCAUCCGAACCACAAAGCACUCUACCACGGCGCUCAUACGUUUCUCAGAUCCCUCAUGCACAGGCAUAGUGGAUGGGAAUGCCCCGUUAAGCUCUACACCUUGACGACUACCAACAUAUUGCGAAAGUAUAUGAGCGUGCUUGAUGCGCCGGCAUCAGUAUUGAACAUGAUGCUGAAGAAGAAAGAGCUUGGAAGCUAUCCCACGCCCUUGUUCUAUGCCAGUGGACCGGCCGGGUAUAGACAGGCGCAGCGAGCCAUGACUGCAGCUCACAAGAGUCAGAUGAGGUGGUUUCGCUGGGGUUGGAUCACUAUUGGUAGAUAUAUGAUAUUGAAUGACCUCAGGAAAGAGAAGACGUUAUGA